UCUACAAUGACCGACAUGUUGCUUUCCCAUGAGGAGGAAUAAAACCUAAUCAAGCUCUCACCGCAAAAAAAAGGCCGGAUUACAGGAUAUUACACUAUACAAAGUUUUUGACUGAAACGGAUAUCACACCUAUCAAAGCUUGCCAGAUACCCCGGUACCACCUGGAAUUCGCGGCCACGUAUAUUCGGACUGAAGUUUUUCUAGUGUAGACGUGUCAACGGACCAUAGACUAAAACAGAUUGAAACGGAUAUUUUGUUUGACGUGGAAAAUCAGACAUAUACUUCAGGAAAAACAUAAGAUAAAUAAAACAAUUAUUGAUGUUCCUAAAACAAAGGGUCUUUAGCCAAGCCUUAGAGGAAAAGGUGCUUUCACCGAAGAAAUCUUCAGUCCAGGACCUUAAAGUGGAUCUGUGAACAGCUAGAAUGAAAUGGGAGAAGUUUAAGCCUCCAGAGCCAGAUGAUGCCAUGUGCUGUUUUGAAUGUGAUUUGGACCCACAUGGAUGCUUCUGUGACUGUGACGACCUGGAUGAAGCUUGCAGCAGGUGGCUGAAGGGUGAGCCUCAGAAACCUGACUGUGUGUUGCCUGUGUUUGGUGCAGUGAUGGACCGGCUGAGGUUGAGACUGUUAUCAGGGGACAGGCGGGUGGAGAUCUCCAUGGUCCCAGCUUUAGUGCUGCUUCCCAUGCUACUGCGGCUGGCAGCCCUGCACUUCCUGCUGGGCCUGGUCAUUCUGACAGCCCUGCCUGGCCUGGUGCUGUGGUACUACUACGCCACACACCGGAAGAAGGGCCGCACCCUCUUUUUCCUCAGCCUGGCGCUCUUCUCCCUAGCCUACAUGUACUUCCUCUUCAUCACAGAGAUCCUACCUCGUGGGGACGUAAGUCAUCUGCAGCUGGUGACCGUGACAACGGGUGUGGUUCUGACUCUUAUCUCUCUUGUGCGCACCAAGAGGGGGCCAGGCUUCGUGCAGCCUUCCCUGGCUGACACGCACAGCACCAGCACCAAUCAUUGCCAACUGCCUGACAAAGACUCUGCCUCUCAGAAGGGAGUGGACCAGUCGGUGUUGCCUGCCAGACCAGUGGAACAGCAGACACAGUCCCUGACAGCGAAGGGGGGCAGGUGUCCUCUGUGCAAAGUGGUGCGUCCCCCUCGGGCGGGACAUUGCCGGAUCUGUGGAGGCUGUGUCCAGCGCCUGGACCACCACUGUAUCUGGAUUAACAGCUGUGUGGGCCAGGCUAAUCAUCGCAGCUUCCUGCUGACCCUGCUCCUCUUUCUGUUGACCUCUCUGCAUGGGGUCAGUCUGGUGCUGCGCAGCGUGUGUCCCCAACAGAACCUGCUUACCGCCCUAUUCUACUGCCCUGGUGUCUACAGUCAGUACAGCUCAGCCCUGUGCUUCACCUGUGCCUGGUACAGCAGUAUUGUCACAGCAGGCCUGCUAAACCUGCUGGUGCUGCAACUUAUCAAUAUAAGCUACAAUGUGACAGAAAGGGAAGCACAACUUGCACUGCGGAGGAAAAAUGGCCAGAGUCGUCCGUGUGGCCUCGUUGUCGACACAGGGGUCUACUCACGUGGCUUCUGCCAGAACUGGGCUGAAUUCCUGGCAAUGAGAGAGCCUGUCGAUAGACCAUCCUCCGUCCACACUGACUUGGUUUAGCCUUGGCUUAACACCAUGCCACUGCCUAAGCAGGUCAACAUUGCUGGGUUUCAACUGUGUGGCUUUAGGGACUGUGAGCUGUUCUGGAUCUCUAGGUAUUGCAACUCAGAGGUGUUAAUUUUGAAUUGUUAUAUACCUCUACAUUCCAAACACUCCAGGUAGAGAAAAUAAUCAUGAUCCUCCAAGUUGUCAUGGAUCUGACACUCUUAAUAAUACUAGUAAAUAUACACUGCUCAAAAAAUAAAGGGAACACUAAAAUAACACAUCCUAGAUCUGAAUGAAUGAAAUAUUCUUAUUAA